AUCUAUUUCCGGUUGAAGAACAUUUUCCAACAAACUAAAACAAUGAUAAAACUAUUUUCUUUAAAACAACAGAAAAAGGAUGGAAUUGAUUCUCCCGACAGAGGAUCACAGAAAAAGGCUUCAGCGGCACAACUACGUAUACAGAAAGAUAUAAAUGAAUUAAAUUUACCAAAGACGUGUCAAGUAGAUUUCCCUGACCCAGAUGAUUUACUGAACUUCAAGCUUAUAAUAUCUCCUGAUGAAGGGUUUUACAGAGGUGGUCGCUUUGUGUUCAGCUUUAAAGUCUUGCAAGGAUAUCCUCAUGACCCCCCAAAGGUGAAGUGUGAAACCAUGGUGUAUCACCCCAAUAUUGAUCUAGAGGGAAACGUCUGUCUAAAUAUACUAAGAGAAGACUGGAAGCCAGUGCUUACAAUAAAUUCUAUUGUGUAUGGAUUACAGUAUUUAUUUUUGGAACCUAACCCAGAGGACCCACUGAACAAAGAAGCUGCUGAGGUGCUCCAGAGUAACCGGCGCUUGUUUGAACAGAACGUCACCAAGUCUAUGCGCGGCGGCUACAUCGGUUCCAUGUACUUUGACCGCUGCUUAAAAUGAUGAUAGCUGAGCAUUAACAAUGGACAAAUAUUGUGAUCUUUAUUGUUUGCUCUGUAAAAAACUGUGGCAGGAAUUAGUUUAUUUGUUAGAAUGGCUCCUGUGAAUGUGUCUGAUGAUGUUUUUUUAAUUAAUAUUAAUUACUGUAAGUUAGCAACCAGGAUUUGAAGCUGAUCUUUGUGGUUAACAGACAAACAUACUGAAUGUUGGAAAUGAAAUGGAGAGAGAGAGAGAGAGAAUCAUUAAUGUGCGAUUAUUUAAGCAUUGAAAUAGGAUUGUUUUUUCUGGUGAGCUUCAACAACCUUCUCAAUCUUGCUCCAUUCAUGUUACUUUGAAAAUUGUUUAUUCGUUGUUUAAAAUUCAUGCAUUUAUUUAAGAGUAUCAGUAUAUUCUUUAUAUUGUUCUAUUCAACAUACAUGUAUGUACCUUUUCACUAAUUACUGGUAUGUGAAAUGUUAAAUUUUGUCAGUGCUUAGUGUGUUGAUAUCCAUAGACGCUAUUUUGUGUGAGACUGAUAUAUAUAUAUAUGUAUAACAAUAUAGUACAUGUAUUUGUAUCUGCUACACAUAUAGCAUUGGAGUAUUUAUUAUAGCCAGCAAGUGCUAUGGAGAGGGGUUCACAGUGUUGUAAUGGUAUAAAGUUGUAUCAUAUUAAAAAAUGUGAUAUUUCCUCUUUAAUAGAUGUUUUAAUUCUGUUGUUUGAAUGUGCAGAAAAUCAACCCUAGCUACCUGUCAUGGGCUUUGUGUGAAUGUAUUAUUGUGUAAAAGAUGGAUGCAGAUUUGUCCCAAUGACUGAAAAAAUGAUGCAUAUUAUUUUAAGCUUCUCACUAUGUUGAUAAUACUUAAAUAUCAUUAGAAUAUAUUUUGUAAGUGUGUCAAAUUCAGAGCUCAUUUGAAAUUCUCCAGAUCUUGUUUAAUUUCUUAAACGAAUAUUUUAAAUUCUGAAAUAUUUUUUGUUUGAGUUUAUUUUUGUCCAUUUGAAACAAGUUUGACACGCUUACGUACAUGUAACUGAUAGAAGUUUGCAUAAUUUUCGUAUUUCGGAUAUUGCUUUCCUUUUGAUUUUGCCUUGAAAACAAGAGAAAAUUCAAUAAAGAAUCAUUGAUACAUAUAUA